AUGGCCUCGGGCGCCCGGGGCAGCGCGGGCUCGGGGCGCGGGCGGCCGCCGCGGCACCGGGCGCUGCGCGGGCUGCUGCUGCUCUGCCUGUGGCUGCCGAGCGGCCGCGCGGCCGGCCCGCCCUCCCCGCCGCUGUCCGCGCUGCGCGCCCAGCUCGCGGGCGUGGAGCGGCUGCUGGAGGAGUUCCGGCGGCAGCUGCAGCGGGAGCGGCCGCCGGAGGAGCCGGAGCCGGAGCCGCGCGCUGGCGGCGGCCCCCGAGAGAGCUGCCCGGGCCCGGGCGGCGGCGGCGGCUACAGCGCCAGGCCGGACGCCAUCCUCCGCACCCGGGACUCCCUGGCGGCCGGCGCCAGCUUCCUGAGUUCGCCGGCGGCCGUGCGCGACUGGCGGCAGUGCGUGGCGGCCUGCUGCGCCGAGCCGCGCUGCUCGGUGGCGGUGGUGGAGCGCCCCCGGCGGCCCGCGGCCCCGGCCGCCGCGCUGGGCUGCUACCUCUUCAACUGCACGGCGCGCGGCCGCAGCGUCUGCACGUUCGCGCCGCACCGCGGCUACAGCAGCUACAGCCUCCGCCGCGCCCGGGCCGGCGGGCUCCAUGCCCCGGCCACCGGCGCCGCGGCCACCGCGCGGGCCCCGCCUCGGCCGGAAAAGGAUGAGCCUCCACUUAGCAAGGCCGGGCAGGAUGUGGUUUUGCAUCUGCCCGCGGACGGGGUGAUUCUGGAUGGCCGCGAGAGCACAGAUGACCACGCCAUCGUCCAGUAUGAGUGGACCCUGCUGCACGGUGACCCGUCAGUGGAGAUGAAGGUGCCUCAGGCAGGAACCCUGGAGCUGUCCCACUUACAGGAAGGAGCGUACACCUUUCAGCUCACUGUGACGGACACCGCUGGGCAGAGAAGCUCCGACAACGUCUCGGUGACAGUGCUUCCCAGGGCCUUCUCCACGGGAGUGAGCCUUGACCAGAAGAUGGGGACCCGCACAGCAACUGCCCAGCCUAGAACCACAGGACCGAGCAAAGAUGCCAGGGGGGGCUCCUUGUUGGAGAAGCCCCAGAAAGUCACUGCCCCAAACCAGCCCCCUGCGUCUUCAAACACGGAGAAGAGGAAUCAUUCCGCCUUCUGGGGACCAGAGAGUCCGACCGACCCUGGGAUGCCAGACAGUAGUUCCUCAGGGAAGAACAGAAAAAAGGAAAAUUAUAUUUUUGAGUCAAGGAGUGAUCGAGGAGGAGGGGAACACCCAGCCCCAGAAGCAGGUGCAGUGCUCCCCCUGGCCCUGGGUCUGGCCAUCACCGCUUCGCUGCUUCUCAUGGUCGCCUGCCGACUCCGACUGGUGAAACAGAAACUUAAAAAAGCUCGUCCCAUUACAUCUGAGGAGUCUGACUACCUCAUAAAUGGGAUGUAUCUGUAAUAAGCAUAGUUAUAUAGCUGGGGCCAAGGACAUGUUUCACUUAUAAUUUAUACAUAUAUUGGGUUCUGGAUAUUUACAACCUUUUUUGUUUCUAACUGGGCUAAGAAAACUGAAAACCCAGAAGAUUCUGCAAAUCCCAAACCUUUGUUUUUAUUUAUCCUAGAAAGAUUUUCCUUGGGAAGUAUGUGAAAUAUUUUGAAAUUUAGAGAGGAGUCCAUAUGAUUAAAGACUUUCUCAAAGCUAAUUCUGAUUUAUGUAAGCUGUCACUGAAAAUGGAAAUUUGUAGUCAACCAAGGCAGAAAAUUCAGUACCUCAAGCGAUGGCCUUAGACUGGCAGUGCUGACCCUUUACUUUUUAGAAGCCCAGAUGGGCCCCUGGCAACCCUGGACCACGUUAUGCACAGCUUUCCCUGGUUCUGUGGGUCUCCUAUUCCUCACUUUAAGCUUCCAAUGCUCUCCUUUGUUUUCUCCCUUCAAAACCUGCUCUGAGAACAGACCUCAAAUGAGUUUACACCCUCAGCGAGAUGCUACCUAUGGCUGGAAUACCUGAAUUAUAAACCUUAGGAACAGGUCAGUGAGGUCGCAGGGCAAGUCAAAGGGGGUUCUUCCCAGGGCCUCUGACUACAUGUCAUGUAGGUGGCUGCCUCAUUAGGCUGCCCUGUAGGAGAAAAAACCCAGACUUUGGGUCGCAAAUAGCUCUAACAUGGUCAUGAAGUGAGAAGGAAAUCAAAGUGGAAGCGGAGAACCUGGCAGGUCAAACAUGUUAACAGAAACUCAGCUGAGGGCAAAGCGAGCAAGGAGGAUGCUGAGUUCUUUCUCUUGUCUACUCGACACUGCCCGACGACCCAGAACACAGUAGCUCAUUCAUACAGUCCCUAGUUUGCAACAUGAGUCUGUGUUGAUGGAAAAGAAAAAUGCAUUCAAAUUGAAAAACAGAAGAGUGAGUGGAUUUCUGGGUAUAGCUUUUGUGAAAAAUGUCACGUUUAAGUAUCAGCAGGUUCUUUUACCCAAUGAAUGAGCCAGUUUUCCCCAUUAUUUACUUAAUGCUAUAAAAUGUCAUAAUGUGUAAUCAGCGACUGCCACACUUACGUAUUCCCAGAGCAUAGGCAGUUUUGCACAAAUUCACCUUUAGAGAAAACCGGCAUCUAGCUUAGCAUCUUUUCCCUUUUAAUAUGUAGGAUUUUAAAGGCAAAUUAUUCCCAUCACCACUUAAUGCCGGGAUUUAACACAUUCUAGAAAUUAUUCUACUAUGAGGAAUGUAUAGCGUGGUGCCUGUCUACAUUCACAUGAUGUUCCUGUUUACAUAAUAUGGUUUUUUUUUACCAUAAGUGGCAAAUCUUUUACAAUACGUGAAAACACUCUAGAACCCUUUAUUUUCAGACUGAAGCUGAGGUAUGUUGUUCCUUUAGCAAAGGGUUUAGUUUGGGUCAGAGAUACAAUAGAAUGCAUUAACAAAUGGAAAGUUAGUCUUAGAAAAACAAAGAAAUUGGUUAUUUUUAUUUCCUGAGAAACCCAAGCAUUUUGUUGGAUGUUUAGAAUUGAGCAAAGAUUUCAAUUUCUCCUCAAGGGCAUUUGGAGAGACGACUGUGUGAAUGAACUCACGAUGUGUGCUCUGUGAUGCCGGGCAGUUUGUUUUUUAUAAAAGGAUGUCCCCUACAGCCAUACCCAAUAAAAUCAAAACUGAUGAGGCAUGCGUUUUUCAGCACAUCUUUUAUACGCGAGGAAAGUAAACACAAGCUAGUAUUGCUAGAGUGUUGAAAUACUUGAGGAAAGCUGUCCCAUAUCUAUCUGUACAAUAUUCCUUUAAUAAAUUGUAUUUUCUUCUUAAGCCUUUUUUGACAGCUUUUUAAUAUAAUCCCACAUUGCUAAUAUUUAGAGCCAUUACUAUAUUGCAUGGAUUUAAUCCUACCAAGCCUAUUUUACAAAGGAGGAAAGUAAGGACUAGAGGAGAAUCAAGGUCUGCAAAACAGUUCUAUUGUCAGAUGGAUUGAAUGGGACUUUUAAAAGGGAAAGUUGUCUACAAUUUACCUCUCAAACAUGUCCUUGUGUUUCACAUCUCUUUUCCUGAGAAAAGGCCCACCUAAACCAUCGUCCUGAAUACUGAAAACUUUCUUCCUUUAAUUCUCAGUACAAGUCCAUCCUUCCACAAGCACUUUCAUAUUUCAAGUCACCUGAGUAUUAGUAUGUCCUCCUCCAUAGGAAAAUAAUAGUUUUUUUUCCAUCUUUCUCCCACUGACUUUUCCGACUCUGAGAUUUGGCUCUGUGAUUCCGUCACAUUCACCAGCACCUCCUUUCAGUCACUGACGGCUGUUUAUGUUGCUCUUUCCCAUAUUUUCCCAUGACCUGGACACAUAGAUGCUUAUUUCUACUUGUUCCUCAGCAUUGCUGUUCAGGGCAGAUCCUUUUGAUGAGCUAACCGGAUUCCACCUAUGGAACCGUACUGCAGUGCGGUGUGCCCCAGAACACAGGUACUGUCCUCAGCUUCACGCCAUACUGAGGAGGCCACGUAACAUCAGCAUCUGAGCCUGAGAUGCUGGCAUUUGGGGCCGUGUUCAAUUCCACUGUCCCCAAACCAUUUCAUGUUCAGUUUGCUUCCUUUGGGGAUUACGCCUCUUUGUUCCUAUCACAGUUACUCCAUUUGUUUUCUUUUCUGGACUCCAGGUUUUCUACAACUGUUGGCAUUAAAACUGAAUAGGACUUUCUCACAGAAAACUGCCCCAGCUGAAUAGAAAGGGAAGAGCUUAGCUUGCAGUUUUGCUGUUCAGAAAUGUUCUCCCUGGCUUUUUAAGCAGCUGUGUUGCUUUUUCUUAGGUACUGGCCCCAUUUUCCCAGCUCUUUUGCCCUACUCGAUUCUAGUAUUCUAAAGAUAGUGUACAUUUCAAGUUAUAGCUACUUUAAUGGCAAACGCAUACAGAUUUUUUUGGCUAAAUAUGAAAUCACCAAGGAUGAAAAUAAGGUGAGACACCCCAAGGCUGAAUGUGCCCAGGAACCGACUGAAGGGCUGAAAUGGAGCCUCCUCCAUUUACUUUAUUUAGGUCUAAGUAUGUCUUCAUUCCUACUUAUUUUAAUUCUCAGAUCACAUCAGUUUUUAAUCUUGCAGAAUUGGAAAGAGAUCAACUUAUAAUAUCAUUCAGCCUAAAGAUCUUUUUAUGAAGUUACUUCAAAACUUAGGAAACUCCUCAAAACAAAUUUUAUUUUAAUUUUUACCAAAAAGAUUAGGGAAAUUUAUGUUGAGUGUAUAGACUUUAAAAAAAAGUUCUCUUUCAUUUUCAUAUAUCAUCAUUUCACAUGACUGAAGACCCAAAAAUCUGAAUAAAUCACAAGGCAGUGUUCUUAUAUUUAAAACAAGGCAGUUUCACAGAUGAAAACAGAGACUCAGAUGAAUCUCUAAAUAUAUUAUCUGGAGCUUUGUAUAUAGAGGAAUAAAGAAAUCAGAACUGUGAACUAUGAA